UAAAAUUCCGCAUUAUGGUUGGAUCUCUCUAGCAGGCUAGAGGUUAGACCUGCGCCUUAUACUCUACCUUUGAAGAAUGAAAUUCUUGUAAAGAAUGGAGCUGUCGCCGUGAAUCCGGUAGAUUGGAUCAAGCCAGACAUGGGCAGUUUUAUGUUUCCGCGGGUGGAAUAUCCAUGCAUUCUUGGAUAUGAUGCUUCGGGAGAAGUGGUUGCGAUUGGCCCCGAAGUUACACGGUUUAAGGUUGGAGAUCGUGUUGCAGGUAUGGCAAUGGGUCUUACGGAAUCAUCCAAUGUCCUCACGCAAAGUGGUUUCCAACUCUAUACUAUCCUUUUGGAUAACAUGACUUUGCAUAUUCCUCAUACACUAUCUUAUGAGCAAGCUUGUGUGAUACCUUUGGCACUUGCUACCGCAGCUGCCGGACUUUUCCAAAAGGACCAGCUGGCGCUCGAACUGCCAUAUUUAUCCCCAGAGCCGGCGGGAGAAACUGUGCUUAUUUGGGGUGGUUCAACCAGUGUUGGCGUUAACGCUAUACAGUUAGCCGUCGCAGCUGGUUACGCGGUCAUCUCCACCUCAUCUCCUAGAAACUUCAACCUUUUGAAGAAACUUGGUGCAAGGCAAUUCUUUGAUUACAAUAGCAAGACCGCCAUUCCUGAUAUCAUAAAUGCAUUUAAAAGCAAGACUACCGCUGGCGCGGUAUCAAUAGGAUGAGGAGCUGCUGAUGCAUGCAUGG